AUGGGAAAAUCCAAUAAGAAGGGAAACGAUGUCAAGACGGCGUUGGCGACAGCACCUAAGUGUACUUGCGAUCAUCCUUUUACUUGUACUUGUGGAAAUCGACCUCCCCGACCCUCCAAGGGUCACAAGUGGGAUCCCGAGAGCCAGACGUGGGGUGGAAAAGGGCACAAGCAGAAGGGUGCAUCUGGACAGAUAGCCUUGAAGAGUCAGGAAGCCAGGACAACCGAUGUCGGAAAAACUCAAGUUGCCCAAUGGCAGUGCCUUCCUUCCCAACUAUUGGAGGAAGUGUGCAAGCGUCAAAAGCGUAUUUGUCCCAAGUACAAGAACAUUGACAAAGCGAAAGGUAAAUUUAGGUACAGAGUCAUACUUCCAGACGGAAAAGAUACUCAAAAGGAUCUCUUCUUUGUACCCGCUUCCUCGGUGGUAAACGAGGAACAAGCCAAAGAAGAAGCCUGUUUACUGGCACUUCUUCAACUAACACCGACUUUGCCGCACGAAAGAAAGCUUCCCGAUCCCUACAAGUUGACUUGGUUAAACGCAAUCAACGCACUAAAAACAGCUAGUAAAGACGUGUCAAAUGAGGCGAGCGUCACUUCGGGUUCUGCUCUCACCAGGGUUGCUAAACCUAGCGCCAUUUCAACACAACCAAGUCCGGGGUGCGCGCAAGCGUCAGCCAAUCUGAUCAGGGGGACUUCAUAUGCAAGUUCUGCGGAGCGUCGGAAUAUGUUACAGGAGAAGACCCGCGAGCGAAACGCACGCAUUCGACGUCAUGAAAAUAUACGCAUGGCAAACCAGAAUCAUCCCGUAUUUAUGGGCGCAAGAAUUCGGAAAGAGAUCGAACGCUUGCUACGUGGCGACACGAACUUCUUGCAGCAUGAUGAUGGAGAAGAUAAUACAGUAGAUGCUGUGGACGAUGACGCUCAGGAAUAUGUGGAACAUCGUCUCUGCCAUGAAGGCUUUACGAAACGUCAAUCACGUUCUGCAUUCGACGAAGUUGUGGGGAAGAACCCCGCUUUCACGGAGGACGAAUGGGAAAAGGCCUACGAAGCUUGUCUUCAGUGGUUAUUGGUGCACUUGAACGAAGACCAACUGCCUGAAGGCUUCGAUCCUCGAGGACGUACUCUCGAUGUAGUUGUUCCUGACUCUUUAAAACAAACCGGGACUAAGCACAACUCUUCGGGUACAGAUGGCUGUCCUCCAGAAACUCUUGUAGUCGCUGCACACUACGGUCUGACAGUCCCAGAAGCUAACGAGCUCUGUAAAAUGGCUUCCAGAGGCACAAGAGAACCUGAAGACGUCUUAUGGGAAAUCGUCCAUGAGGCAGUGGGUGCUACGUGUCAUCAGCUGAAUACACCUCUUAUCGAAAGAGACAGUAAUGUAGAAUCUACACACGAAGAGGUCGAAGCAUUGCAGGCAAUUUUUGGUUCUGAUUUCAGCUCUGUCAGAGAAGGCACCUUUGUUUCGAAUUCAGUGAUGCUCAAAGAAUGGGGGCUUUCACUUUGCGUUGUUGUGGAGGAAGGUCUUUACCCUAGUAGACUGCCCGAAAAGGUAUUGCUUUCGGGUAAAUGGACUGUCGGACAGGUCGGUACAAGCAUUCACUAUGAAAUUGCCAAGUUCCUUUCCUCGUUUCAACCAGGCGAGCCUGUCUUUUUCGAGAUCCAUGGUCUUGUGUUGUCUUUAUUGCAGAAUGUCGAGAGGCUGAAAACAGAAUCGCUGGUAUCGUUGCUCGAUAUCGACAGUGAAAUAACAAGUACAAUCAAGCGCUCGUUAGACGACAGAGCGCUAGAGCCCAGUCGGGAAAGGGGCAAGCUCCAGUCUCGAGUGAUCCGUCGUGCUCGCGAACGAAGUCCUUUCUGGAGCAAGCUCCCUACAGAUACCCGGCCAGCUGUGGCACACCCAAACAUACCGAGAUCUUUGAAUUCGAUACGAAAGUCUCUACCGGCAGCUUCCGCUCGAACGGAGUUUCUCCGCGUUAUGAGAGAAGCGGAUAAGUCUUUCUCACGUGAUCGGUCCGAACCAGCGUGGUCGAGUCGUUCUCGUUACUGGGGAUACAGGAUGUGGAAAGACGACAUACCUCAAUUUAUUUUGGAAGAAUCUCCAAAUGAUGCAAAGAUCGUUGUUUGUCAGCCUCGCAGAUUGGCAGCUACAGGUGUGGCUACUAGGGUGGCUGAAGAACGAGGCGAACAACAGGCAGGAGUUGGUAGCGUGGGAUAUGUCGUUCGGGGGGACUCUGCAAUGGGCGAAAGUACCCGGCUUUUGUUUUGCACAACUGGAGUCCUCCUGCGCCAACUACAGACUGAAGGAGCCCUAGACUGUAUCACACACGUUGUUGUUGACGAAGUUCACGAGCGCCAUUUAGAUACAGAUGUACUCCUCGGACUAUUGAAGCAAAGUAUAGGAAGCCGAAAAAACAUUCGCGUUAUUCUCAUGAGUGCGACAUUGGAUGCCGGUCGUUUUGCAGCCUAUUUUGGGGAGAAUACUCCUCGUAUCCAUAUUCCAGGACGCACCUAUCCUGUCAAAGACUAUAUGUUGGAAGAUGUAUUGCUGAUGACUGGAUAUAUCCCCCGAAAACAGAAGAAGAGAAAUGGUGAUUCAUCAGGUUCCAUAGAUAAAGACGAGACCUCGAUGGAAGAAAGCAACCUGGAAAGUGUUGACUUUCCACCGAAAGAGCUUACAAGCCACGGAUUUCCAGUCGAAGAUCUUGUGAGAAGAAUUGACGAAACCUUGGUGGACUACGAUAUGUUGGGCCAACUAGUGAAGCAUCUUAUAGCGAAUAGCAGCGCCGGUAGCGAUGGUUCUAUUCUCGUAUUUUUGGCAGGUGCUCCCGAAAUUAACAGAGCACAGGAGGCGGUUAAGCGUUGGACGGAUGGGUUUCCUUUACUGCUUCUUCAACUCCAUGGCGGAUUGCAGCCCCGGGAGCAGAACCUAGUGUUCAAGCCAGCCGCUACGGGACUGACGAAAGUAAUUCUUUCGACUAACGUGGCGGAGACCUCAAUUACAAUUCCCGAUUGCACUAUUGUAAUCGACAGUGCUCGUGAGAAGCAAUCGUCUUACGAUGCUGCGAAUCGUAUGCCGCUUUUGCUUGAGCAAUUUUGCUCGAAAGCAAGUCUUAAGCAACGGAGAGGAAGAGCAGGGCGCGUUCGGGAGGGUAAAUGUUACAAGUUGAUUUCUCGAUCAACAUAUGACGGGCUUCGAGAUCAUGGAGAGCCAGAAAUCCAACGAUGCGCCUUGGAUCAAACCCUUCUGACUUUGCUUUUUCUUGGCGUCGAAAGUAGUGCAAAAGGACUAUUCAUGGAGAGUCUUCUUGAUCCUCCCAGCAAAGUUUCAUUUGUUGCAGCUAUUGAUAGCCUUCGUCAGCUAGGUGCUAUUGCAACGCCUUCCGGGGAAGAUCUCAAAUUGACCCCUCUAGGAACUCAUUUAGCAGGCAUACCCGCUCCUCCAAUGGUUGGAAAAAGUUGCAGAGAAGCAGCCCUAGCUAUGGCAGCUGCAAUGAGCGUUGGUAGAAGCCCCUUUCUCAAAAUCGAUGUUUCUCGCAAAAGAGGGAAAGACAAAAUUGACGAGCGAGCAGGGAUCGAGGAAAUGAAGAACCAUCAAAUUUUAGAAGGGCGAAGAAAUCUGUUUACAAUUGUUGGCAACAGUGAUCAUGCACUUCUUGCAAGCGUCUUUUUGAAAUGGAAAAAUCUUGACUCGGGGGGUGGUUCUCGGAAACGUUUCUGUGAUUCCCUUGGUCUUAGUAUUCCUGGUAUGCGCGAUAUGUUGCAGCUAUUCCGUCAGCUUGAUACAGCACUGGCUUCGAUUGGGUAUAUUUCUUCUGUUGACUCCGACCGAAACGGACACUCAUGGCGGAUCAUUCGUACGUGCGCAGUUGCUGCCAUGUCACCAGCUCAACUCGUGAAGGUGGUACGACCCGCUACUGUCUAUCACGAGACUGCCGAAGGCGCGAGGGAGAAAGAUGGCCAAGCGAAAGAGCUGAAAUUCUAUGUCCGAACUUCUGUCGACGCUUCCGCAAAAUCCAACGGAAACUCAUGGAACGGAAAAGAAGAACGUGUCUUUAUGCAUCCAUCCUCGUCUAGCUUUGCAACUUGUUCGUAUGGUUGUCCUUGGCUUGUCUACUUUUCUUUGGUACGGACCUCGAAAGCGUUUCUGAGAGACGUCACCGAAUGCAGCGCGUACGCUUUGUUGCUCUUUGGAGGCAAACUCGACGUGCAAGCUUCCAAAGGAGUGAUUGUGGUGGAUGGCUGGGCCAAGCUGUCGGCAAAUGCUCGAAUUGGCUCGUUGGUAGGCGGCCUGCGCUUAAAAGUCGACGAGCUCCUCGAAAAGAAAGCUGCCGACCCAAGCUUUGACGUUGCAGCUACAAAGGAAAUGCAGCUUAUUGUUAAACUGGUUGUAUCUGACGGUCUUGGGAUCUAA